AUGAUAGAAACUUUACAAAGACUUUAUUUAGCUAAAGGAAAAGAAAUAAAUAGAGAAGUUGCAAAGAUUCUUGAAUAAAACUUAUAAGAAUAUUAUAAAUAUAAUAAUAAUAAAUUAUCAGAUACAAUUAUAGUAGAGAUAGUUGGAAAUUCAUAAAUAUAUAAAUUAUAUUAAGAAGAAGUAGAAACAAUUAAAGAGAUUACAUAAUAUAAGUAUAAUCUAAAAUUACCAUAAUUUCCAUUUAUUCUAUUGAAUAAGAGAAUAAUUAAUGAUAGAUUCUUUUCAGAUUAAUUAAAAUGA